AUGGCAUCUGCAGGAGACGCGCGCCUUCCUGACUCAGCGCCCAACCAGAACCAUGGAGAACCGGGCAGCCGCCUACGGGCUCUAGCACCCGCCCCAAUACCCGUCCCAGUCCUAGAGGAAUUCUCUGCGAUCGAGGAGAUGGUUAGCCGACACACUCAAUAUCUUGUUGACUAUUGCCAAGGCCUCAUGCGGACUUACCAUGAGACAGGCGACGCAACAUGGCUAGAGAAGCAUCGUCUGAUUCGUCAGCAUUGCCUUACUCGAUUCGAUGCCUUUGGUCUACACUAUACGCAAUGUAGAAAGGCCUUCGAAACAACGUUGGAGCCUCCACAUGUAAACGUUCCGAACAACGCCCUCCAAAUCACCCAAAAUGGUGAAGCGAGUAAAACGCCACAAGUACCCGUUGCUCGUGCUCAGACUGUGGAAGUCAUCCCUCGGCCCUAUACCCCCCACCAAAUCAAGGGAGAAUCAGUACCUCCGUCGCUAUCAGUGUUAGAAAAGAGAAUCUCGAUGUCCUGGCAUAGACAACAUAAGCUUCGCUUCACACUCUCGUAUGCCGGCACCUCCAAUUAUUUGGCACCUCGAUGGCAUUUUGCAUAUAAAUACCAUGGCGAGUGGCAAGUAGACGGUUGGAGACUGCCAGCUGAAGGAGUGAGAACCAAGACAUAUGUAGUUCUUGAUACGAGCCGAAAUGCCGGCAUUGUCCAUGAAGCACAUAACUAUUUGGCAGCUCACAAGGCCGCUCUGAUUUAUCAACUGGCGGAAUCCAAAAGCCAGUCGCUGGAAGACUAUGAGCCGGAUAUCUAG